CUCAUCUUCUGCUGCGUCGUCCCCUGAAAAGCAGAGCCGUCCCAAGCAGGAGGGCAGCGACCCACGCACCGCCAUGACCGCGGACGACCAGCAAGCGCAAGGCGACGACGCGGCCAAGGCGCGGCCGCCACCUUCCUACCGCUCGCUGGCCGCGCCGGUCAGCAACCCCGUCGACAAGUUCGCGCUCCUCCCCGCAUUCCUCAAGGUUAGAGGGCUCGUCAAGGAGCACAUCGACUCCUUCAACUACUUCAUCACCAGAGGGAUCAGGAACAUUGUCCAGGCAAACAAUCGGAUCGAAGCACGCAAUGACCCAAGCAUUUACCUUAGGUACACUAACGUACGUGUUGGCACGCCCUCGGUACAAGUGGAUUACAAAAUCGAAGAUAUCACGCCGCACUUUUGCCGCCUUACUGAUCGCACUUAUUCUGCUCCUAUAAGAGUUGAUAUUGAACAUACCAUAGGGAACCAUCCCGGUCAGAAUACUAAGAAUGGCGUUCUCAUUGGAUACUUGCCUCUUAUGCUUAGAAGUGCUGCAUGUAUUCUGCAUGGAAAGGAAGAAGCUGAACUAGCAAGACUCGGUGAGUGCCCUCUUGAUCCUGGUGGAUACUUCAUUGUCAAAGGGACCGAGAAGGUCAUUCUAAUACAAGAACAGCUAUCAAAAAAUCGUAUUAUCAUUGACACCGACAAUAAAGGAAGGGUUAUUGCGUCUGUUACCAGUAGCACACAUGAAAUUAAAAGCAAGACGGUAAUUGUUAUGGAUAAGGAGAAGAUUUAUCUACAGCUGAAUCAAUUCACGAAACAGAUUCCUGUAAUAGUGGUCAUGAAAGCAAUGGGAAUGGACAGUGAUCAAGAGGUUGUACAAAUGGUUGGAAGAGAUCCAAGAUACGGAGACCUCCUAUUUCCAUCUAUUCAGGAAUGUGCCUCAGAGAGAAUAUAUACACAACAGCAGGCCCUGCAGUACAUGGAUGACAAGGUGAUGUAUCCUGGUGCAGGAAACCAGAAGGAAGGUCGGUCUAAGUCGAUCCUCCGUGAUGUAUUUAUUGCGCAUGUGCCGGUUAACAAUGGGAACUUCCGGCCAAAGUGUAUAUACACAGCUGUAAUGUUAAGGCGCAUGAUGGAUGCAAUCUUGAAUGCUGACACCUUUGAUGAUAAGGAUUAUGUAGGUAAUAAGAGGCUGGAGCUAUCUGGUCAACUAAUAUCCCUGCUCUUUGAGGAUUUGUUCAAAACAAUGAAUUCCCAAGCUGUAGAGAGCAUGCACAAAAACAGUGAGAAGGCUCAUUCUAGUCCUUUGGAUUUCAGCAAGUUGAUUAAGCAUGAUAUCAUAACCGUUGGUUUGGAGAGGGCUAUUUCCACAGGAAAUUGGGAUAUUAAACGGUUUAGGAUGCACAGGAAAGGUGUAUCACAGGUUCUUUCUAGGUUAUCCUACAUGGCAUCUUUAGGCUACAUGACACGAAUAACACCACAGUUUGAGAAGACCCGGAAAACAAGUGGGCCACGCGCUUUGCAGCCUAGUCAGUGGGGUAUGCUUUGCCCAUGUGAUACUCCUGAAGGAGAAGCUUGUGGAUUGACAAAAAAUUUAGCUUUGUUGGCUCACGUUACAACAGAUCAGGAGGAGGGCCCCCUGAUAGAAUUGUGUUAUAGUCUAGGCGUGGAAAAUUUAUUACUUCUGUCCGGAGAAGAAAUUCAUGCACCAGGUUCAUUUUUGGUCAUGUUCAAUGGAUUAAUACUGGGGAAACACAAGCAGCCUCAGAGAUUUGCUAAUGAUAUGAGAAAGUUGCGUCGAUCAGGCACAAUUGGAGAGUUUGUAAGCAUUUUUGUAAAUGAGAAACAGCAUUGCAUUCACAUCGCCUCUGAUGGUGGCCGUGUUUGUCGCCCACUUAUAAUUGCUGAUAAGGGAAUAUCAAGGGUCAAAGAGCAUCAUAUGAAAGAAUUGCGGGAUGGUAUUCGUUCUUUCGAUGAUUUUCUGCGUGAUGGAUUGAUCGAGUAUCUUGACGUCAAUGAAGAGAACAAUGCAUUGAUUGCAUUGUAUGAGCAUGUGGAUCAAGACGAUGUUGAAAGAAGCAGCAUCACACACAUUGAAAUAGAGCCGUUGUCUAUCUUAGGAGUUGUAUCUGGCCUUAUUCCAUAUCCACACCAUAACCAAUCGCCACGCAACACGUAUCAGUGUGCGAUGGGUAAACAAGCGAUGGGAAAUAUUGCUUAUAACCAGUUAUUCAGAGCAGAUUCACUACUCUACUUACUAGUGUAUGCACAACGUCCACUACUGACAACAAAAACAAUUGAGUUGGUGGGAUACGAUAAGCUCGGUGCUGGACAGAAUGCCACUGUUGCUGUCAUGGGGUAUAGUGGAUAUGAUAUUGAAGAUGCAAUUGUAAUGAACAAAUCAUCUCUUGAUCGUGGUUUUGGUCGUUGCAUAGCAAUGAAAAAGUACUCAGUUAUGAAGGACAACUAUGAAGAUGGUACAUCUGAUAGGAUCGCUAAACCCCAAAGAGAUAAAGAUGGUGUUUUGUUAAAGCAGAAUAUGCGGGCACUGGAUGAAGAUGGUAUUGCUGCACCCGGUCAAAUAAUCCGCAAUCAUGAUAUCUAUGUGAACAAGCAAACUCCCAGGGUUACCAAGAGAAGAGAUUCUGGUGCACGUGUACCGUUAACGGACAGGGACUACAAGGAUUCACCGGCCAUUUACAAAGGUGUUGAUGGUGAGACUACUGUCGUAGAUCGUGUAAUGCUUUGUUCAGAUACAAAUGACAAGUUGUCUAUUAAGUGCAUUAUCCGCCAUACAAGGAGGCCAGAGGUCGGUGAUAAAUUUAGUAGCAGACAUGGGCAAAAAGGUGUUUGUGGUACCAUUGUUCAGCAGGAAGACUUCCCCUUCUCUGAGAGAGGAAUAUGCCCUGAUUUAAUUAUGAAUCCACAUGGAUUCCCAAGUCGUAUGACUAUAGGUAAAAUGAUUGAACUUAUUGGUGGAAAGGCCGGUGUGUCUUGCGGUCGAUUCCAUUAUGGCAGUGCAUUUGGUGAGCCAAGUGGUAAUGCUGAUAAGGUUGAAGACAUAAGCAAAACUCUAAUUAAACAUGGCUUCAGCUAUAACGGAAAAGAUUUCUUGUACUCAGGCAUUCUAGGUCAUCCUCUUGAGGCGUACAUCUUCAUGGGGCCAAUCUACUAUCAGAAACUGAAGCACAUGGUUCUUGAUAAGAUGCAUGCUCGAGCUAGUGGACCACGAGUGUUGUUGACCAGGCAACCUACUGAAGGGCGAAGUCGUGAUGGAGGCCUGCGUCUUGGUGAAAUGGAGCGCGAUUGCUUGAUUGCAUAUGGUGCUAGCAUGCUAAUUUUUGAACGUCUACUACUAUCCAGUGAUCCAUAUCAAGUCCAGGUUUGCAGAAAAUGUGGCCUGUUGGGCUACUACAAUCAUAAACUGAAGACUUCAUACUGUUCAAUGUGCAAAAACGGGGAAAAUAUGGCCAAGAUGAGGCUGCCAUACGCUUGCAAGCUUUUGUUCCAGGAAUUGCAAGCAAUGAAUGUUGUUCCGCGCUUAAAGUUAACUGAAGGAUAACUUAAGCAAUGGUGAUUUCUAGUUUUGAUUGUAAAGGUGGAUAGUUGAAGGCUUGUGGUGGUGACUUGAUGUCCAUUUUCUUUUCAGCAACAAGGCUGCCUCUGGACAUUAGCAUUGUUCUCCUGUUAUUAUAAGCAUGCAAGGUGGAGUUUCUUUGCGCCACUCUUGGAGUAUUAGACAUAGAAUAUCUCUGUAACUCGUUGUCUAUUAAAGCGAAAGAAAUAAUUGAGAAGCA